AUGAGUCAGCCACCGCCCGGGGGCGCUGUCCCCUCCGCCGGCGCGGCUCCCGAGGCCCGCCUGCACCCCGAGGGCAGCAGCCGGAAGCAGCCGCGAGCUCAGUCCCCCGCCAGGCCCAGGGACAGCUCCCUCCGGCAGGCAGCCGCUGCCACCAGGACCCCCGCGGGGGGCGGCGCCAAGCUCAACCCGGCCCGGCAGCCUCAGUCAACGCCGGGGAGCAAGGCGGGCAGUAGAGGGGCGCCCGGCGCCGGGGCGCGGGCAGGGGGCGGGGCGGAGAGGGCGGCGCCCCCGGCGCCCAGAGGCGCUGUCCAGCCCACGCCGGGUGCUGAAGCGGCAACCUGCGCGUCCCCCGGCCCCGGGGGCCCCAGGAGGCCCGGGCCGCCAGAGGAGUCCGCGCGGGAGCUCGAGCCGGCGACCCCGAAAGUCGGGGAGCCCCCUGCGUCCGCGGAGGGGGGCGGCGUGGACCGCGAAGGAGGAGGAGUCGGCAGCGGCCCGGCGGAGCGCGAGGGGGGCGCAGCGCAGGCGGCAACGCCCCGGGGCUGGCGAGGGCGAGGCGCGCGCGGCGCGCAGAGGGGCGGCGGCGGGGAGGGGGCGUCCGCGUCCUCUCCCGGCUGGGCGAGCGGCCGAGGGCCGGGCCCCGGCGGCAGCAGGAACCCCGGAGGCGGCGCGGCGGGGGUCGGCGGCGCGAGCUACUGGAAGGAAGGCUGCCUGCAGUCUGAGCUCAUCCAGUUCCACCGCCAGAAGGAGCGAGCGGCGGCCGCCGCGGCGCAGAUGCACACGAAGAACGGCGGCGGUGGCCGGGGAUCCCCUGUGGCCGGCGCCCCGGGCCUGUGCGAACCGCUCGCGGGCCCCGCCGCAUCCCCCAUGGCUGCGGCCGCCGAGGGCCCUCAGCCGGGCGCGGAGGCCAGCGCGGGGGGAGCAGGGGCCCUGCAGCCCGCGGCUCCCCCGCCCUCGCAGUCGCAGCUACUCCAGGAGCAGGAGGAGAUGCAGGAGGAGAUGGAGAAGCUGCGGGAGGAGAACGAGGCGCUCAAGAACGAAAUUGAGGAGCUUAGAACCGAAAUGGACGAGAUGAGGGACACUUUCUUCGAGGAGGACGCCUGUCAGCUGCAGGAAAUGCGCCACGAGUUGGAGCGGGCCAACAAGAACUGCCGGAUCCUGCAGUACCGCCUCCGCAAGGCCGAGCGCAAGCGGCUCCGCUACGCGCAGACCGGCGAGAUUGACGGGGAGCUGCUGCGCAGCCUGGAGCAGGACCUCAAGGUUGCCAAGGACGUGUCUGUGAGACUUCACCAUGAACUGGAAAACGUGGAAGAAAAGAGAACCACAACAGAGGAUGAAAAUGAGAAACUGAGGCAACAGCUUAUAGAAGUUGAAAUUGCGAAGCAAGCCUUACAGAAUGAACUAGAAAAAAUGAAAGAGUUGUCAUUAAAAAGAAGAGGAAGCAAAGAUUUGCCAAAAUCAGAAAAAAAGGCUCAACAGACUCCCACUGAGGAGGACAACGAAGACCUGAAAUGCCAGCUGCAGUUCGUCAAAGAAGAAGCCGCUUUGAUGAGGAAGAAGAUGGCCAAGAUUGACAAGGAGAAGGACAGGUUUGAGCACGAGCUCCAGAAGUACAGGUCCUUUUACGGGGACCUGGACAGCCCACUGCCCAAGGGAGAGGCAGGGGGCCCUCCCAGCACCCGGGAGGCCGAGCUCAAGCUGCGGCUGCGGCUGGUGGAGGAGGAGGCCAACAUCCUGGGCCGCAAGAUCGUGGAGCUGGAGGUGGAGAACCGCGGCCUGAAGGCGGAGCUGGACGAUCUGCGCGGCGACGACUUCAGCAACGGCGCGGCCAACCCGCUGAUGCGCGAGCAGAGCGAGUCGCUGUCGGAGCUGCGGCAGCACCUGCAGCUGGUGGAGGACGAGACGGAGCUGCUGCGCCGGAACGUGGCCGACCUAGAGGAGCAGAACAAGCGCAUCACGGCGGAGCUCACCAAGUACAAGUACAAGUCCUCCUCCGCGGGCGCGGGCCAUGACAGCGGCGCGCGGCACCACGACAACGCCAAGAGCGAAGCGCUGCAGGAGGAGCUCAAGGCCGCACGCCUGCAGAUCAACGAGCUGAGCGGCAAGGUCAUGCAGCUGCAGUACGAGAACCGCGUGCUCAUGUCCAACAUGCAGCGCUACGACCUGGCCUCGCACCUGGGCAUCCGCGGCAGCCCACGCGACAGCGACGCGGAGAGCGACGCGGGCAAGAAGGAGAGCGACGAGGACGCGCGCCCGCCGCACCGCAAGCGCGAGGGCCCGAUCGGCGGCGAGAGCGAGCCCGAGGAGGCGCGGCACGCGCGCUGCCUGACGCCCACGCGCGCCCUGCACCCCGCGCCCGCGCCCUGGCCGCGGGGCCUGUGCGAGCGCCAGCACCUCAAGGACAUCCGCUCGGAGGCCGAGCGCCUGGGCAAGACCAUCGACCGGCUCAUCGCCGACACCAGCACCAUCAUCACCGAGGCGCGCAUCUAUGUGGCCAACGGGGACCUGUUCGGCCUCCUGGACGAGGAGGACGACGGCAGCCGCAUCCGCGAGCACGAGCUGCUCUACCGCAUCAACGCGCAGAUGAAGGCCUUCCGCAAGGAGCUGCAGACCUUCAUCGACCGCCUUGAGGUGCCCAAGGCCAGCGACGACCGCGGCGCGGAGGAGCCCAUAUCCGUGAGUCAGAUGUUCCAGCCUAUCAUUUUACUUAUCCUCAUCCUUGUAUUAUUUUCCUCACUUUCUUACACAACAAUAUUUAAGCUCGUCUUCCUUUUUACACUGUUUUUUGUACUGUAAGUCACUCCUCACUUACCAUUCAUUGUAGCAUUUUCAGUUUGUUUAUUUUGUUCACCCUUCAAGACAAGAAGUAAAAGAAGUAUAAUUUCUGUAAUAACCAAUGCUGUAAAAACACUGAAGACUGCUUCGUUCUGUAAAAAGACAAAACUCAGCUUACCACUACCAAAUUCAGUAAGAAGCUCAAGC